AUGAGAGAGCCAGUCAACAUUCCACUUGUACACAUCCUUGCCCUGGCUGCCUUCAGCUUGGCCGAAAAACUUCCAAAAGCUCCUAUCAUCACCACUCCUCUUGAAACAGUAGAUGCAUUAGUUGAAGAGGUGGCCACCUUCAUGUGCGCAGUAGAGUCUUAUCCUCAGCCUGAGAUUGCCUGGACUCGUAAUAAAAUUCUCAUUAAACUCUUUGAUACUCGAUACAGUAUUCGAGAGAAUGGGCAGCUUCUAACCAUUCUGAGUGUGGAAGACAGUGAUGAUGGUGUGUACUGCUGCACUGCCAACAAUGGAGUAGGAGUUGCAGCUGAGAGUUGUGGGGCCUUGCAAGUGAAAAUGAAGCCUAAAAUAACACGUCCUCCUAUCAAUGUAAAAAUAAUAGAGGGAUUAAAGGCAGUCUUGCCAUGUACUACAAUGGGCAAUCCCAAGCCUUCAGUAUCAUGGAUCAAAGGAGACACCAUACUCAGGGAAAAUGCCCGAAUUGCGAUUCUUGAAUCUGGGAGUUUAAGGAUUCACAAUGUUCAAAGGGAAGAUGCAGGACAUUACAGAUGUGUGGCCAAGAAUAGCCUCGGAACAGCAUAUUCCAAACUGGUCAUGCUGGAAGUAGAAGAAGCAAGCGAACCUGAGCAAGAUACUAAAGUGUUUGCCAGAAUUCUGCGGGCUCCCGAAUCCCACAAUGUCACCUUUGGCUCCGUAGUGACCCUACGCUGUACUGCAACAGGCAUUCCAGUUCCUACUAUCACAUGGCUUGAAAAUGGAAAUGCUGUGUCUGCUGGGUCCAUUCUAGAAAGUGUGAAAGACCGAGUGAUUGAUUCUCAGCUGCAGCUGUUGAUCACCAAGCCAGGCCUGUUCACUUGCAUAGCUACUAACAAACAUGGGGAGAAAUUCAGUACCGUGAAGGCUGCAGCCACCAUCAGCAUAUCAGCGUGGAGAGAGCACUGCCUGGCUGUAAAGGAUCUAUUCUGCACAAAGGAAUGGUUGACACUGGAAGAAAAAUCCCACAAAGGCCUGUACAAAUCUGGAUUGCAUCUGUUGACUUUGCCUGAAUGCACCAAGCUUCCCAGCAUGCACAGGGAGCCCAUGGCUUGUACAUCAGUGCCACAUUUAGCCUUCUCCCCAUUGGUUACAGUCAAGCCAAGUGCGGACAUUCCAGAUCGGCCUUCCUCCUCAUCUGCGUUUUCACCCACCUACUCGAUGACUGUCAUCAUCGCCAUCAUCUCCAGCUUUGCAGUGAUUGGCUUUCUCACCAUGACUGCUCUCUUUUGCUGCCGCCGAAGGCGAAGACAGUGGAAAAAUAAGAAGAGGGAAUCUGCAACCCCCACACUCACAACUCUCCCUUCUGAGCUCUUGCUGGACAGACUUCACCCCAACCCUAUGUACCAGCGCAUGCCGCUCCUUCUGAACCCCAAACUCCUCAGCCUGGAGUAUCCACGAAAUAAUAUUGAAUAUGUGAGAGAUAUUGGAGAAGGAGCAUUUGGAAGGGUCUUUCAAGCAAGAGCUCCCGGCCUACGACCUUAUGAGCCUUUUACCAUGGUGGCAGUGAAGAUGCUGAAAGAAGAAGCCUCGGCAGACAUGCAGGCGGAUUUCCAGAGGGAGGCGGCCCUCAUGGCAGAGUUUGAUCAUCCAAACAUUGUUAGGCUGCUAGGAGUGUGUGCUGUCGGUAAGCCGAUGUGCUUGCUGUUCGAGUAUAUGGCCUAUGGGGACCUCAACGAGUACCUCCGAAACAUGUCGCCUCGGACAGUGUGCAACCUCAGCCACACUAACUUGGCUACCAGGGUCCGACUGUCCAGCCCAGGACCCCCUCCCCUAUGUUGUGCUGAGCAGCUCUGCAUUGCCAGGCAGGUAGCAGCUGGCAUGGCUUACCUCUCAGAACGCAAGUUUGUCCACCGGGACUUAGCCACCAGGAACUGUCUGGUGGGUAAUAAUAUGGUGGUGAAGAUUGCUGACUUUGGCCUCUCCAGGAACAUCUACUCAGCAGACUACUACAAAGCCAAUGAGAAUGAUGCCAUCCCCAUCCGCUGGAUGCCCCCAGAGUCCAUUUUCUACAACCGCUACACAACAGAGUCUGAUGUCUGGGCCUAUGGGGUGGUCCUCUGGGAGAUAUUCUCCUAUGGCCUGCAGCCCUACUAUGGGAUGGCACAUGAGGAGGUGAUUUUCUAUGUGAGGGAUGGCAACAUCCUCUCCUGCCCCGAGAACUGCCCUCUAGAGCUGUACAACCUGAUGCGUCUCUGUUGGAGCAAGCUGCCUGCCGACAGGCCCAGCUUCACCAGUAUUCACCGCAUUCUACAACGCAUGUGUGAGAGGGCAGAGGCAGCAGUGGGUGUCUGA